AUGGAUAAAAAUUUAGAAGUUGCUGAUAUAAGUUCAAUCAAACCUUUGAAACUGAGCAAUAACAGUGAUUUGAUUUAUUUCAACAUAGCGAAAACAGUAAAUCAUUCUAUCUAGUUAGAUUGAUAUCAACAUUCUUCAAGGACUAGAGAUAGAUUUACAAAAUAAGGAGGUUCAAGUAUUUCAAAAUGGCGACGUCUCUUUUGGGGUUUAAGUGAUAGAGGAUAUAACAUGCAAACAAAUAGUGCCAUUAUUCAUAAAUCAUGGGAGAUUCGAAAGUAAGGAAAGACAUUAUAGUGUUAGAGAAAGAAAUCAGCAAGAUCGUGAACAUCUUUGAGACGGUUCCAAUGACUGGGAUAAAGAGAAGGGCGAUCAAAAAAAUAUAACCUGUAAGAAAUACGAUUUCAAUUUUAGAGGAGCUUGAUGAACAAGAAUUGAUUAAUGGAUUGGGG